UUUUAAAUAUGAAUAUUAAAUGUACAAUCUUAUGAAACCCAAUUUUUUUAUUUUGAAAACUAAUAAAUAAACCAAUUACGGUGAUUUUUCGUGUUCGACGCCUUUGAUUAACAUAUGCACCACAUGAAGGUUUAAACAUGUUUAAACAUGAUUGUCAAUUGAUAUAGUAAAGCGAUAGGACAUCUUACAAAAAGGUUUGAAUUUGUUGUCAACUGAGAUUGAUUCUACUGAAUUUUCGAUUUUAACCUAAAUUAGUACCUAUAUGAAAUGUAGAAAUAAAUAUUACCAUACCUCAAUAUCUGGAGAAGUUAAGAUGAAAAAUGUUUAAAGUUUAUCUCAAGAAGAGCUUACAACAAUUCAAACCCUGUUUUCAUAAUUUUUAUCGCUUCACUAUAGAUCAAUAGAUUGGUACUUUGGAUUGAUAACACUUCUACACGUUUCUAUAUUGAGCUUGUGUUGAAUGAAGGCGGAAGAUCACCACUUUCGAUCCCCUUUAAUGGCUUGUAUAUUAUAUUAAAACACUUUUUAAACUACAUUUUCUAUUUUAUUAAAGUAUUUUAAAUUAAAAACAACGUUUAUACACACUGUCAUUAAAUAUUAGUCUCAAAACAAAAUGACAUACAUUUUAUAAAAUAUUCUAGGAUCCUUGCGAAACUAUAAUGAGUCAUACUGACAAUAGUAAGUGUAGGUAAAUUUAAUGAUAUUAAAAUAAUAAAUAACUAUUUAUUUAAUGAUUAAACUUUGUAUAAUUGUCGUAUUAAUCGAAGAUUGUAUUUAUAAAAAUAAAAGUGUUUUCUAGGGAAAAAUCAUUAUGAACUAAUUACCGAUGAACACUUAUUCGAUAAGUGUCUUGUAGCUGGUGCUUAUAGUAUCACUUGCAUACUGCUGCAGAUACAUACGAAAUGCCUAUUACCAUUCAAUAAGUAUAGAUGUCAUUGUUACGUAUUACUUAAAGAAAUAUAGAUAUAGAAAUUGGCUACAAAAAGUAUUUGUAUACAAAUAUAUUUAAAUAUUUUUUAAAUAUGGAAGUUUUUUUAGUUUUGGUUAAAUAAACAAUACAUAUAGGGUAUCCGAGUAUUCCGGUGCAUCUCAAAUAGCUCCCACCGAAAAGGGUUUCACAAAACAGAUAAAAUCAUAUUUUAGUGAAGAUUAACAAACAAAUCAAGAAAAAUGUCCAAGAAGGGUGUGUACAGGCAAAUAUAUGUCACCAUAGUCGCGACCAUGUCGAUAUUCAUCAGCGGCAUGUGGCUAGGGUGGCCAAGUUCGGUGGUGGAGAAGUUCGUCAAGCACGAGACGGACUUCAACGCGACCAUGGACGAGUUGUCAUGGAUCGUGGCCACGAUGGACCUGGGCAACGUGAUCAGCCCGCUAGUGGCCGGUCACCUGAUGGAUUUUAUGGGCCGGAAGCCCAGCACCGUGGUGCUAGGGCCGCUGUUCAUCGUCUCGUGGGCGCUCACGCUGUUCAUACCCACCACCUGGGCGCUGUACACCGCCCGUCUGCUGGCCGGCAUGGGCAAGGGCAUGUCGUACACGGUAGUGCCCGUGUACCUGGGUGAGAUAGCGUCGCCUGCCAUACGGGGGGCCUUGGGAAGCGUGUUCUGCCUUCAGCUGCACUUCGGCUUCUUGAUGGAGGCCAUAAUCGGACCGCUGGUGUCGUACCGCACGCUGAACACCAUCUCCGCCGUCGUGCCUUUCUUGUUUUUGGUCGCCGCCAUCUGGAUGCCCGAAUCUCCAUACUAUCUGUUGAAGCGCGGCCGCCGGCCUCAGGCGGCCGUAAGCUUGCAGUGGUUCCGGGGUGGCGGUGACGUGGUCAACGAACUGGAUCGGAUGGAGGUGAACGUACGCAAGGAGAUGGAGAACCGGUCCACGUUCCGUGAGCUGUUUGCCAGCCGGAAGGACAUGCGGGCGCUGGCCAUCGUGGUGGCCGCGUGUGCCACGCAGCGAGCGGGUGGCAUCAGCUGCAUAAUGGCGUACUCGGCGCUCAUACUGCCGGAUAACGGGCCGCUGUUGAACAAACACGAGUCGGUCAUGCUGUUCGCCGUCACGUUGGCCGUAGUCAACUUGGUGGCCGUCGCGCUGGUGGACAGGAUAGGCCGGAAGCCACUCCUACUCUUCUCCGAGGGGGGCUUGGCCGUGACGACGCUAUGGUUCGCCGUGUUCUUUUACUUUUCCCAGGGCGACGGCGGGGAAUGGGUCAGUCGGGAGCUCGCUUGGCUCCCGUACCUCUGCCACUUUUCGUUCGCCGUCAUGUUCGCGGUCGGCGUGGGGUUCGUGCCCGUCGUGUUCCUCGGCGAGUUGUUCCCGGUCAACAUCCGGUCUCACUGUUCGGCCAUCGCCUCCAUCACGCUGGCAUUCUGCUCGUUUGUCACCAACAAGAUGUUCCUGUUCGUGUCCAACCGCUACGGGUUCUACGCCAUGUUUUCGCUGUUCACCGUCGUCAAUGUUGCCGGCACGUUAUUCACUUACAAGUACGCCAUCGAGACAAAGGGCAAGACGUUACAGGAGAUCCAAGAGCAGCUGCAGGAUAUCGUUGGACCCCGUCGAGAGAAGACCGAUCAAAACAAUAGUUAAAUUGUAGGUACUAAAUAACAAUUUGACCUAAUAAAUC